AUGCCACGCAGCACACUCAAGAUAGCGGCGAUGCAGUGGUGGGAGAAGGCGGGAGCCGUGGAGCAGUCCAAACUUGCGGGGGAGCCGCUGCCGUGCAGGUCGUCGCAGGUCGAGCGUCUCAGGACCGAGUGCGUUGCGCAUGUGGCGCGGGGCGACGCGACACCGUUUGUGCGGCGACCACGCCCGGCAAAUAGCGAGCGUGACGACGUGUUUCCCAGCGACGCUUUCUCGACUGCUACCGGCAAGGACACCAUCAGCGGGAGGAUGGCCAGUUUGACAGGCUCUUUCCGUGGUGACGCGGCGCUGACUGCGCCAGGAAGUGGCACAGUCAGUUUGGAGGUGGCUGCCGGGUGCCUGCCACGUCAAUUCACGGACCACCUGGGGGGCGUCUGGAGGCGCGCCUUGAAUCCGAUUGAGGACGCUGCCACGGAUGCCACUCCUGUGUACAUGGGCAUCUCCGCCACCGGGACGCUC